AUGUUUUCUGUUGGAAGUCAAUUUCAGCCAAUGGAAGGCAUGGAAGGCUCGAGCGACGACUAUCCAAUUGUCAUCCCCGAACUCAGCAUGAAUAUGUUCGAACUUUUCCUCUCAGUUGCAUACAGCAGUUGGAAACCCGAGGGUCCCACUCAUGAUGAUGUUAUCGACCUUCUUCGGUUCAGCAACAAGUUCAUGAGUCAAAAAGCUCGCAAUGUCGCCAUUAAUCACCUUCAAGAACAUCGAUUUCAACACAAACCAUAUGAACUUCUGGCACUCUGUCUUGAAUUUUCAAUUCAAAAGUUCUUUGUUCCCGCUUUUCGCCGUCUCAUUGAAUUUCGUGUCCGCGAUAUUCCAGGACCAGUGCGAAAGAGACUUGGGUUUGAAGUAUGGAACACCUUUGUAGAUUUAAAGGAGCUUCUCAACGAGCACUGCCACAUUGUCGCCUGCGAGGAGCUGCCCAUUAUCGAGCACUCACAAUACUGCACUGACAACACCACAUGUUCCAUUGACUGGCAGCAACUGUGGUGGAACUCAAUGGCCCGUUUUCUUGUUGAUGGACGCAAUCCUCAAGAUUUCCGUGACACUGUCGAGCACUUCCAGGAGCUUGGGUUCGAAAUCGGAAGGGUGAAUCCAGAGUGCUGGAAGACCCUGCUUCAAACAGUGAAGAAAGGAGCGGCAUUCCAUCUAGCCUUUGAUCUCAUUGAGGAGACAGCUCAGCAGUUGUCGGCAGCUCUGAUCACAGAGCCUGGCCCAAUGUUGACACGUGCAGAGUUGGAUACCUUGGGGCAUCAAUGA